AUGGCGCGAAGAAAGAAACCCUCUAAGCAAGCCGCACCCAAGCAAGCCGCACCCAAGCAAGCCGCAUCCAAGCAAGCCGCACCCAAGCAAGCCGCACCCAAGCAAGCCGCACCCAAGCAGUCUGCUCCGAAGAAAAACUGGGCCUUGGAUAAGGAUUUCGAUACAUGUGCCGCUCGAACGUUCGAUCCACUUGAGUAUGUGACGGAGAAAGAACUCAAUGACAUCGAUGCCCAACUGGCUUCAGCCCUUGCAGGAGUGGAUGUGGUUCUCUUCUGGACCGGUAUUGACUGGGCCUAUGCUCAGAAAUGGUCAGCGAUAUGGGGUAUCAAGACGCUGACAGUCGCGAUGGGACCUCUGAUGGAUUCAAGCAAUCCCAACAGUCCCAAGGCUCAGAGAGGAAAGUCGUACUCUCGUUAUGUCAAGGGUGCAUCUGGUCGCUUCGCGCAGUAUGCCAGUCAGCAUUGCCGAGUCCUUGUCCUGACAAACCCACCACCCUGUGUUUACAGUAGCCGAGAGAACAAUACCUAUCAACGUCUCGAAGAGCCUAUCUUGAAAGGACAUUGUGGUAAUGCACCCGUUCGUAGAAUCGACUACCUGCAUCCGACGGUCGACGGUGCAGCUCAUGUCACCUACCAAGUCUGGCCAUUUGAUAAGACUCAAGACUGGACUGGAUAUUUCAGUGGAUCGUCGAUUAGAAAGUGGAAAGGACUAAAUUGGAGCUACAAAAGUCUCGUUACCACGUCUCAGUUAAAACUGAAGCCAUAUGUGGAACAGGAUGCUACUGCUUUUGACAUUAAAGGUCAUGAAAGUCGAGACCUGGAUCCUCAACCAACAGCUGGAGCUUCGGUUGGUAGUGACAACGAGCGUAUUGAAACGCGAAUCCACAAUCAAGUGGAGCGAGGAGUCGACUUUCAUGAAUUAGGGCUUCUGGAUAAGUCCGAUCGCCCGCAAACACCAGUGUACGUGAUUGAAAGGUGUCUGCCGCCAGCAUCAUUGCUCGCAGUGCCUGUGGUCAGCAUCGAUGAUCUUCCUGUCGGAAUUGAUGUAGACAUCGACAUUAACGAGCACGAUUCCAACGAGGACUUCCUAUACUUAACAGUGAAGGCUGGUGCAGAACUCAAGUGGUGGAAGUUGAGAUGGGAAUAA